AAUAAUUUGGAUGCAUUUAUGAUAGCCAAACAGAUCUUUGAUUAGCUUGUAGUCUAGAAACUAGAGAGGAAAAAAAACAUAAUUGAUGGAUGGUGGGUUGGUGUGGUGAUACAUGAUUUCAAUUCUUAAAACAAUAACAACAUCGUUAAUUCCCACAAAAACAUCUAUCUCCAAAUUCAAAUUCAAAUUCAUGGAUUCUUCUUUCAACGCCACCAUGGGAGGAUCUCAUCAGAGGCUUCUGUCCUUGGCACAACACCUUCGCCUCUACAAGCCACCACCUUUCCCUGAAGAUAUUUUGGAGAAGAGCUUUGAAGAGAAUGGCGGCAAAGUUGUUUCCCAAUUGGGGUUUCCUGAAUCAGCCACCACAAUUCAAAACCCAGAUAAAUUUAGACCUAACAAAGCUGCUGUUUUGAUUUGUCUCUUUGAAGGUGAUGCUGGGGAAUUCAGGGUCAUUCUCACUAAGCGAUCUUCCAAGCUUUCUACUCAUUCGGGUGAAGUGGCAUUGCCUGGUGGGAAAGAGGAGGAAGGGGAUAAGGAUGACGGUGACACUGCAAAAAGAGAGGCACGGGAGGAAAUUGGGUUGGAUCCAGAACUAGUCGAUGUUGUUACUGUUCUUGAACCAUUCUUGUCUAAGCACCUCCUAAGAGUAGUUCCUGUCAUCGGCAUACUUCACGAUAAGAAAGCGUUCAAACCUGUUCUGAAUCCUGCAGAAGUGGAAUCAUUAUUUGACGCGCCUUUGGAAAUGUUUCUCAAGGAUGAAAAUCGGAGCCAAGAGGAGAGAGAGUGGAUGGGAGAGAAGUAUUUGAUACAUUUCUUUGACUAUGACGUCGAGCAUAAAAAAUAUCUCAUAUGGGGAUUGACGGCUGGCAUUUUGAUUAGGGCUGCAUCAAUUGUGUACCAACGGCCGCCAGCUUUCGUAGAGCAGAAUCCCAAAUUCAAGGUUCCACAGGCUGUAAGCAAGGAUAGUUCAAUGACUUGAGUUCAAUACCUAUUGUAUCAUAUUGUCAUCAAUAUAUGUUCUUUUCUUCAUUCUACAAUAAUAUUAUUUGUCACAAAUAUAGUGUUCUAGAAUAUUAAACAGGUUUUCAUAUUCACUAAAAGAAAGGAAAAGGGUACUGUCCAAGUGUCCAGCACUUGGAAUUCAUAUUCCUGCACACCUUAUGUUUGAAUAUCUAAUGAUAUGUAGAAUCAAAUUCGAAUGAUAUGGGAAACUCCAGACUAAUUUUGGGAUUUUUUAUAAUGUAAAGGUUUCAUUCCAUUAUUUGGAAGUGGAUGAAAUGAUAAGGAGAUGAUACAAAAUGAAUUUGGAUUAUUUGGCGAUUUGUUAUUUAAGUUA